AUGGAUCACCAUCAAGCACCAUCUUCUGCUUUCCCACUGUUCCCUUAUUUGCCUACGGAAUUAAGGCUGAGGGUUUUCGAACAAGCGUUAAUUCCCCUACUACAACCAAGGAUCGUUGCUGUUCAACCAUUCCCAAACACGGACCCUACCAAGGGCUCUUCAAACCUGUCCCGAUGGCAGUAUUGGGCUGUGGCCAACGAGCACUCACUGCGCAAGAAUGAUCCUUUUGUGACAUCCACUGCCAUCCUGGGCAAAGUGUGCAGAGACAGCCGCACCGCCACUCAGGCAUUCCUCAAGCGCCAUGGACAGCCGCUGUCCCAGCGCCCAUUUCAUUCCGUGGGCCUGAACGAAGGUUUCCCAAGCCUGCCCCUGCGCCCCCAAGGCCCUGAUGCCGAUAUUUUCUUCGAUCCCGGCUUGUAUUUGUUAGGGAACAGAAGGCCGUUGACUGACUCGAUCGCUGGCCGUGAUCUCCCUCACAUGGAGCGCUGGUUGGUGCCCAUCGACAACGUCGUCUCAUGCCUGCAGCGCAUGGAGGUCCGCUGGGACCAUAGAAUGAUAUACUCCGGCUUCUCACACCCUUCAAUGGCCCCUCCUGGCCCAGGCCUCUGGAGCAGCCUAAGCCUCUGGACUAGCCUAGUCGUUGGAAGUGUGGACCCAGACUCGCUCAAGUACAGCGAUCUUGUCAUCCUUCCAGCUGAGGCCAGUCGUGAGAUCAAUUUUCCGGGUCUUUGUAAUGAGACUCGAGACUUCGUCUUGCGAAAAUUCGAGUAUUGCAGGACGAGCCUGGAGGAGUAUGAAGAAGAAAACGGAGUUGAGCAGCGUCGGGUGUUUCCGAAGCUCUACUUCGCAUACGUCAAACCCCCCUAA